GAAUAUCGAAUUGCGCAGCUGUACAUGAUACAGAAAAAGAGCAGAGAAGAGACAUGUGGGGAAGGCAGCGGGGUCGAGAUCCUGGAGAACAGGCCAUACAUGGAUGGACCGGGAGGCAACGGGCAGUAUACUCACAAAGUGUACCACAUUGGUAUGCACAUACCCAGCUGGUUUCGGUCAAUACUGCCCAAGGCAGCUCUGCGAGUCGAAGAGGAAUCGUGGAAUGCAUAUCCUUAUACAAGGACAAGGUAUACGUGUCCUUUUGUUGAGAAGUUCUCUAUUGAUAUUGAGACAUACUACAAAACUGAUUCAGGAGAGCAUGCCAACGUGUUCAACCUUUCUCCUGCAGAAAAAAGACAAACGAUUCUAGAUCCUAUUGAUAUUGUUAAAGAUCCUAUUCCUCCACAUGAAUACAAAGCUGAGGAGGAUCCAAAGCUGUAUAAAUCAGUGAAGACUAAAAGAGGGCCCCUCUCAGAAGACUGGAUUCAAGAGUACAAGAACAACCCUGGGAAAUACCCUAUCAUGUGUGCAUAUAAACUGUGUAAAGUCGAGUUCAGAUACUGGGGGAUGCAGUCGAAAAUCGAGCGAUUUAUCCAUGAUGUUGGCUUGCGGAAGGUCAUGGUCCGUGCCCAUCGGCAGGCUUGGUGCUGGCAGGACGAAUGGUAUGGGCUCACCAUUGAGGAUAUCCGGCAGCUGGAGAAGGAGGCACAGUUGAUGCUGGCUCAGAAGAUGGCUCAGUUCUGCAGUGAAAAUGAUACUGAGCAGCACGGUGUCAAAGACACUCCUGGUGAGAAGGAUGUUGAAGCCAGCACAGUUUCACCUGUUGACACAGAGGAUGCCGCUGGUAACAGUGAAACAGGCUCUGGGAGAUCACUCACCAAGCAGUGGUCCACUUCUUCCAAGUCCUCACGAUCUUCAAAGAGAGGAGCAAGUCCCUCACGCCAUAGUAUCUCCGAGUGGAGGAUGCAGAGCAUUGCCAGGGACUCAGACGACAGCUCAGAUGAUGAAUUCUUUGAUGCACAUGAGGACUUGUCUGACAAUGAGGAAAUGUUCCCGAAAGAAAUAACCAAAUGGAGUUCCAAUGAUCUGAUGGAUAAAAUUGAAACCCCCGAAUGCGAUGAUGUCCAGGGUGACUUGUAUCACGAGACAUCAGCAGAGUACCACGUUGGCUCCAGCGUGGAGAGGCUCAGCAUCAUUGAAGAUGAAUCAGUGCAGCCAUUAAUGCAGCCAAGUAAAAUCCAUGUCCUCCUCUUGGUACUUCAUGGAGGGAACAUCCUGGACUCAGGAAGUGGUGACCAGAGCUCUAAGCAAGGGGAUGUCAACACCAUCACGACAGUGUUUGACACAGUGAUGAGAGUGCAUUACCCAGCUGCUCUUGGACACAUUGCCAUCAGGCUAGUCCCUUGCCCAGCCAUCUGCUCCGAAGCAUUUUCGCUGGUGUCCAGCCUCAGCCCAUAUAGUUAUGAUGAAGGCUGCCUGUCCAACAGCCAGGAUCACAUUCCCCUUGCUGCACUCCCUCUGCUAGCAACAUCAUCCCCGCAGUACCAAGAAGCGGUAGCCACAGUCAUCGUCAGAGCCAACCAGGCCUACAGCGAGUUCAUCAGAUCCCAGGAGGGCAUGUCAUUCAACGGCCAGGUCUGCUUGGUAGGGGACUGUGUUGGAGGAAUCCUGGGAUUUGAUGCCUUAUGCUACAGCAAUCAGACUGUGUCCGAGAGCCAGAACAGCAGUCGGCGAGGAAGCGUUGUGAGUGUCCAGGAUACGGACCUCCUGUCUCCUGGAAUAACGGUGAACAACAGCUAUUGUUCCAGUGGCUCUAAUCUGGAAGCCAGCAGACACCUCAGCAGGAGCAACAUUGAUAUUCCCCGUAGCAACGGAGAAGAUCCAAAGAAGCAGCUGCCACGAAAAAGGAGUGAUUCAUCAACCUAUGAACUGGACACGAUAAAGCAGCAUCAAGCCUUUCUUUCAAGUUUACAUUCUAGUGUGCUGAGAAAUGACCCAGGAUCCAGGCGAUCUAGUAGCUCUACUAUGUUGGAUGGAGGAAAUAUUGGAAAGUUUGAAUUUGAGGUCACUGACUUCUUCCUCUUUGGUUCUCCCUUGGGUCUGGUUCUUGCACUGCGAAAAACUGUCAUUCCGGCUCUUGACAUCUUUCAGCUCAGACCAGCUUGUCAGCAGGUCUAUAACCUGUUCCACCCUGCAGACCCAUCUGCUUCACGCCUCGAGCCUCUUCUGGAGAGGAAGUUCUACCUUUUGCCCCCCUUUAAUAUUCCCCGUUACCAGAGGUUCCCACUGGGUGAUGGCAAUUCUGCUGUUCUGGUUGAGACAAUCCAGAACAAUCCCAUCCUCCUCAUGGAAAGUAGCCCUCUGGGUGCUCUCCAGCACCAGGACAGCUUCAUGGAAACAAGUAUCCCCGUUCCCGUACUGAAUUGGCAAGAUGUUUCCAAUAAAAGUGCUGGUUUUGCUGAGUCAGAUGUUGUUCAGUCUCAUGGUGCCGUCUUCAUGGAAAGCGCGUCCCUGUCCACCCCCAUUUCAGCCCCUCAGUUCAGGGGCUUCCGGAGAGCCAGUGAGAUCAGCAUUGCCAGCCAGGUCUCAGGAAUGGCAGACAGUUACACUGCUUCCAACAUAGCCAACAUUGCUGCCAAGUGGUGGGGAACCAAAAGGAUCGACUACGCUCUCUACUGUCCUGACGCUCUGACGGCUUUCCCAACAGUCGCUUUGCCGCACCUCUUCCACGCAAGCUACUGGGAGUCCACAGACGUUGUCUCCUUCCUGCUGAGACAGGUGAUGAGGCACGAGAACUCGAGCGUUUUGGAGCUGGAUGGGAAGGAGGUGUCUGUCUUCACCCCCUCCAAGCCCCGUGAGAAGUGGCUCCGCAAGAGGACGCACGUGAAGCUCCGGAACGUCACAGCCAACCACAGGAUAAAUGACACCAUUGCUAAUGAAGAUGGGCCCCAGACCUUAACUGGAAGGUUUAUGUAUGGUCCGUUAGAUAUGGUCACGCUCACAGGAGAAAAGGUGGACAUUCACAUCAUGACCCAGCCACCGUCAGGAGAGUGGGUUUACUUUGACACUGAGAUCAGCAACAGCAGUGGCAGGAUUUCUUACGUCAUCCCUGAGAACCGGCGCCUGGGCAUUGGCGUGUACCCCGUCAAGAUGGUGGUCAGGGGUGACCACACAUAUGCAGACAGCUACAUCACAGUCCUGCCGAAGGGGACGGAGUUUGUGGUGUUCAGCAUCGACGGCUCCUUUGCAGCCAGCGUAUCCAUCAUGGGCAGCGACCCCAAAGUCCGCGCUGGAGCGGUCGACGUUGUAAGGCACUGGCAAGACCUCGGCUACCUCAUUAUCUAUGUCACGGGCCGCCCCGACAUGCAGAAGCAGAGGGUGGUAGCGUGGUUAGCACAGCACAACUUCCCCCACGGGAUCGUCUCCUUCUGCGAUGGGCUCGUUCACGACCCGCUGCGGCACAAGGCCAACUUCCUGAAAUCCCUCAUCACAGACCUCCACAUGAGGAUCCAUGCGGCAUAUGGAUCUACUAAGGACAUCUCUGUGUACAGCUCCAUCAGCCUCCCGCCCACGCACAUCUACAUCGUUGGCCGACCCACCAAGAAGCUGCAGAGCCAGUGUCAGUUCAUCACGGAGGGGUAUGCAGCCCACCUGGCCCAGCUGGAGUACAACCACCGCUCGCGCCCCGCUAAGAACACCACGCGCAUGGCGCUGCGGAAAGGCAGCUUCGGGCUGCCCAGCCAGACCGAGUUCCUGCGCAAGAGGAAUCACCUGCUGCGGACCAUCUCCUCCCAGCCUUCGGCCACCGGCGGCAGCGCCGGCCACCGCCCCGAGCGCACCCAGAGCCAGUCCGACAGCGACAAGGAGAGGGACAGGGAACGCAGCCAAAGAAGCAUGAGCAUCGCCACGGGGUGCUGGGGCCGGAGCGCAGCAUCCCGGCUGGAGUCUGGCCUCUUGGGGCAGAAGUAG